CUGUGUUUUGGUUGUGCUCCGAUAAAAUUUCAGGAGGUGCGCUAAUCAAAUCGGCAAUCUCAUCUUUCUCUCCAUCUUCCACCUUCUCCAAGUUUUCAAAAUGGCACCUGUGGGCAAGCUCUAUUGUGUCUCUGCCAUGCCCCAGACCAAGACGGGUCUUGAGCUCGAGAUCCCCGAGUACACGCACUUUUCGGACAACCAGAAGCCAGAGUUUCUUGCCAAGUUCCCUCAUGGAAAGAUCCCCGCUUUUGAGAGCGCAAACGGCCUCAAUCUCACGGAGGGUGCCCCGAUUGCGCGGUAUCUUGCCGGCCUUGCUCCCAACUCUGGCCUUCUCGGCUCGACACCAGAGGAUGCUGCAGUCGUCGAUCAAUGGGUUCACUUUGUUGAAUCAGAAAUUUCCACACAAAACGAUCUCAUUUCGGGGAUGCUUAGGAACUUCUUUCCCUACAGCAAAGGCUUCCACACCGUCCUCGUUGAGCGCCAAUUGCGCAGCCUAAUCACCCUCGAAACUCAUCUGAGCACCCGUACCUUCCUCGUUGGCGACCGCAUCACUCUUGCUGACAUUACUGCCGCCGCUGUUCUUCAGCGCGUCGUUGCCGUCACCGCAGACGCCGAUGUGCGCGCCAAACUCAUCAACACUAUUCGUUUCUUGGAAACUAUUGUGCAUCAGCCCAAACUCGAGGCUAUCUUCGGUCCUACUGAGUACACCGAGAAGGCACUGCAGUACGUCCCUCCCAAAAAGGAGAAGGCGCCGGCACCCCCAGCCGCACCAAAAGAGAAGAAAGAGAAGGAGAAGCCAAAGAAAGCCGCUGAGGACGAUGACGAGGACGAUGGCAACCUUGUGCCUGAGGAGCCCAAGGAGAAGAAUCCCUUGGACCUGCUCCCAAAGAGCACGUUCAACCUCGAGGACUGGAAGCGUGCCUACAGCAACAAGGACACGCGCGGCGCUGAUGGUUCGCUAGAGUGGUUCUACGCCAACUUCGACAAGGAGGGCUUCUCCGUCUGGCGCGUAGACUUCAAAUACAAUGAGGAACUCACGCAAGUUUUCAUGUCCUCCAACCAGGUCGGUGGUUUCUUCAACCGCCUCGAGGCAUCACGCAAGUACCUGUUCGGAUCGGUGGGCGUGCUUGGCCAGGCCAACGCCUCUAUUAUCUCUGGCGUCUUCAUCCUGCGGGGCCAAGACUCAAAGGCAGCUGUAGACUGCGCACCAGACUUUGAGAGCUACGAAUACACCAAACUAGAUGUGUUUGGUAACCAGGAGGACAAAGCCUUCUUCGAGGGCGCACUUGCAUGGGAUCUAGAGGUCGAUGGCAAGAAAUGGGCAGAUGGAAAGAACCUGUUGAUCUACGUCUGUGGAAGGGAGGUGGCUGCGACACACAUACUGUCCUAUAAUGUCCAGUGACACACUUCUCGAUGCCUCUUACUUAGAAGUCGUCAGAAGCCGAAUAUCCUCUAAGCGUAUCCUGGGAGUCUUUUACUCCAGAAUUGCCGCCUGCGUUGGCAGAAACCUUGUUUGAC